CAUCGCUUUGAUAUAUAUUAACGUUCAUCUUUUUUCUACACUAAGCUGAUGCAAUUGCAGUGCAUUAUUUCCAGCGGGCUUCGAGCUUAUAAAUAUUAACAUUAAAAGCUAUUCGUCAUAAUUCAAAGAAAAUGCCUACAGAACAGUUGGCUGAUCUAACAAUGAGUGCGCUUUUCACAUCGGAAACGCGUGGAAGCGAUGAGUCAGGCAAUGGCAGCGAGAUCAAGCCUUAUAAAACCAUCUUGCAGGCGAUGCGUCAUGCCGCCAAGGAACCCUUCCCCACCAUCUAUGUGGAUAGCAAGGAUCCUAAAGCCAACGCACUUUUCGAACCGGCAGCUAAGUCGCAGUUAAAGAAAAUCCAAAAGCUAUUUGUGCGUGAGGGUCAGAAGAAUGCUGAAAAGCAGCAGCGCGAGGCCGAGGAUGCCGAGAAGCGUGCACAGAAUCUGGAGGAGGCGCGCAAAGUGAAGAUCAGCGAAGAUCCCAGUUUGCCGGUGGCUCAAAGGAUACGUAUCGAAAAGGGCACCGAGCACCGUAAUGCUCGUGUCAAAAUUUAUGGCUGGGUGCAUCGAUUGCGCCGACAGGGGAAAUCCCUAAUCUUCAUCACGUUGCGCGAUGGCAGCGGCUUCCUACAGUGCGUCUUGAAUGAUGUGCUCUGCCAGACUUACGAGGCGCUAAUGCUGAGCACCGAGAGCACCGUAGCGUUGUAUGGCACCUUGAAGCUGGUGCCGGAGGGCAAGACAGCGCCUGGUGGACACGAGUUGAUUGUGGAUUAUUGGGAGCUGAUUGGAUUGGCGCCACCAGGCGGUGCUGAUGCCAUACUCAACGAAGAGGCGCACCCCGAUGUCCAACUGGAUAACAGGCACAUCAUGAUUCGUGGCGAGAACACUUCAAAGGUGCUAAAGAUGCGCUCCGUUGUGAUGCAGGCGUUCCGUUCGCAUUACUUCGAUCGCGGCUAUAACGAGGUGACGCCGCCAACGCUUGUCCAGACCCAAGUUGAGGGUGGCUCCACGCUGUUCAAGAUGCAGUACUUCGGCGAAGAAGCCUUCCUAACCCAGAGCUCGCAGCUGUACUUGGAGACCUGCCUACCGGCCUUAGGCGAUGUGUUUACCAUUGCGCAAAGCUAUCGCGCUGAACAGAGUCGCACGCGUCGUCAUCUGGCCGAGUAUACGCACAUUGAGGCUGAGUGUCCUUUCCUUUCGUUCGAAGAUUUGCUUAACCGUAUCGAGGACUUGGUCUGUGAUGUGGUCGAUCGCAUUUUGAAGUCGCCUUGGGGUUACCUAGUGAAGGAGCUCAACCCAGAUUUUAAGCCCCCGACGAAGCCCUUCAGACGCAUGGAAUACGUGGAUGCUAUCAAAUGGCUGAAGGAUAACAAUGUGUCCAAGGAUGAUGGCACUUUCUACGAAUUCGGCGAGGACAUACCAGAGGCACCCGAACGCAAGAUGACGGACACCAUCAACGAGCCGAUUCUGUUGAUCAGAUUUCCAGCUGAAAUCAAAUCGUUUUAUAUGUCGCGCUGCCAAGACGAUCCACGUCUCACUGAGAGCGUCGAUGUGUUGCUUCCCAAUGUGGGCGAAAUUGUUGGCGGCUCAAUGAGGAUCUUCGACAAUGACGAGCUAUAUAAGGGCUAUGCACGCGAGGGCAUCGAUCCCGCGCCCUACUACUGGUACACAGAUCAGCGCAUCUACGGCACCAUGCCGCAUGGUGGCUACGGCCUGGGUCUGGAACGCUUCCUUUGCUGGCUACUCAAUCGCUAUCACAUCCGUGAAGUCUGUCUCUAUCCUCGCUUCCUCGAUCGCUGCAAGCCCUAAAGCGCCCCAUCAAACCUUCAGCUACAGCAUUUAUAUUUCAACUAUCUUCGCUUGGAGCUCAAUAUAUUCUGCAUAAUUUAACUUACGUCUGGAUCACGUAAAACACGCUUCAAAGAGCAAAUAUUUUUUAAUUUAAAUUAAAGAUCAUUUUGCUUGAGAAUUAGCACAGCUAAUUUAGAAAGAGCUUCAGAUAAAUAUUGGCUUAAAUAAAUAUUGUCAAAUACUA